ACGUGAUUUGGCACGUUCUUCACUGACGAACCCAAAACUUUUUGAUGUUAUUACUUGUGCCAUUUAUUCUAGGACUACAUAUUCAGUGAGAGCCAAUAUGAAUGCUAAAUAGAUUAUCAUGUUAUACUCACAUUGCUAGAAUUUUCACCGAGUCAAAACUCUGAUCAAGUCGAGUUUAUCUCCUGUUUAAAAAACCAUGUUGCGAGUUCUCUCCACACUAGUCCGUACACGAAGCCCAUUGUUCCUUACGAAGACUUCUCCCUCGUCACAAACGUUAUUACUUGACCGACAAGCUGCCUGUGAAGGGCUAGAAGUUCAUCAAACAAGGAAUACGUGGAUCUUAAAGCGAAAGUGGACACCGCCGUUAAACAAGCUGCCUCGUUAUGAGGACGACAAGAGACGCCGUCAUCUGCCGUCACGCUUCCACGUCUAUGAGCUUGUUGAGCAUCGAGACUCCGUGCCCCUGAAACCAUUAGAGGUCUUGUUGGUUGAAAAUGUCGAAGGUAUUGGAAUGAAAGGCGAUAUUGUAAAAGUCAAGCUUAAUCUUGCAAGAGACCAGCUGCUUCCUUCAGGUCAAGCUGUUUAUUGCUCCCCUGAAAACCUGGAAGACUAUGCUGAUCUGAUAGAGAAGCGGAAAAAGGAGAUUGAAGAUGCAGAAGGUCCCACGAGAAGCGCUUUUGUAGAGACGACAUUAAAAUAUCUUCAGCAAAUGAGACUAAAUAUAACGAUGAACCGGAAUAAUCCAUGGACAAUCACAAAGAAUCACAUCGCAGUUUCAUUUAGGAAAGCAGGUGUUGUCGUGCCAGAGUAUGCGAUAACCAUGCCGAAUGACCCAAUAACCAGCGACAACCCUCGCGAUUUUGAAAUUCAGCUCAUGGUGAAUCGGACGGACGAGGUGACCGUGCCGUGUCACAUGUUCCUCUACGCUAGCGGCAACGUGAAUCGGGCUGCGCCGGACGACAAGGGCGCGUAUGGCAAGCUCGCGGAAGCAGAGAUGUCGACCCCCGAUCAGCCGACGAAUCCUUCGCCGUGAAGCUGCCUGCGAUAUCUGUACGCUAGAUUUGCGUGUUUAGUUGAUUUGGGUUUGCUCCGAAUUUCGAUUUAGGCGCCAAGUAAAUGAUUUGAUUCGAUAAGUGGUUUGGCCGACGCAGUUCCCUUUGUACGAAGGUUUUUGUGGCGAUACUUGCACAAGCUGAUGUUGUUAAGAUUGUUGUGACACAAAAGCAGUUAUUUCUUAUAUAAUUACCAUUGUAAAUAUAAUUGAUUUAGUAGAAAGUGAAUAUGGCUGCUUUGUUGUAAAAUGUCCUGCAUGAAUGCAUAUUGUACAUUUCUAAUAGAUAAUGUUAAGCCGUGCAAUCUUGUUUAUUAUCAACAAUUUUUACAUUUUUGUGAAAUGUAGAAACCUACAAUAUAUACCUGUGCAAUCA